AUGGCAGAGAGCGAUGCGCUAGCCUCCAAUGGCACUCCUGCCGACCAGGGAUCGUACAGCCCCAAACCAUCGCUUGAAUACGCGUCUGUUGUUGGUCUGCAGGCUGCUGGCGUCGGUGCCCUCGUCAGCGCAGUUCAAAAUGCGCUCGGGUCGCACAGUAGCGGUGCAGCAGGAUUCAUAACGAGGACCGGAGGAACCAUUGGCAUUUUUGCUGCGAUGGGCGCAACAUUCGCGCUGACUGAGGCGGCGGUCGCCAACUCGAGAGAAAAGGACGACGCUGUGAACGGUGCCGCGGGUGCCUGUGCGGCUGGGUUCCUGGCCGGCAUUCGAGCACGUUCUUUGCCAAUGGCGGUGGCUUCAUGUGCUGUGAUGGGUGCGGCAAUGGGUACGUUCGAUUAUGGGGGGAAGAGCUUGCGGGGUACACCUGAGACGCAAGAGGAAAGACGCAAACGUUUCUUCAAGCAUCCACCCCCAACAUUCCCAGCUCAUUCAUCCGUCUCAGACUAG